UACAUGUUCUCAAUCGCCCUCUAGACCGAACCAUUAGCACCCCCAGUUCUUCUCACAUAAGAAUGCAACUCCUUCCCAAACGAUCAAUGCAGAUCCUCAUCCAACAACAACAGCCUCUUAAAAAUUGACGAAUCCGGAACGAAAUCCCUGAGAAGCAUUUCAUCGAACACCUUCCGUGCAUCCCUCCAUCAGAGCACAUUGAGCUCCAUUCUCGACAAUGUAGCUGAGGAUCUUGCCGAAACCCCUGAGGGCAUUUGAGCAAAGUUGACGGAGUCAUGUGAGGAGGAGGUUUGUCUCGAUGGUGUUGAGGAUAGCAGAUAAGAUUGGACUGUGAUUAAAGAAGACGAAGAAGAAGACAUUCAAAUUGAAUUUGUUGCACAUUUUUAGUAUCAAAGCUUUGACCUUUUGACUUGGGUUUAAGAGAGACUGAAACGCACCGUUUUAGGCACCACUAAAGCUUGCUUCUUUCUUAAACCCUAAAUUUGAUUGCGAUCGGAGCCAACUGCACCAAUGGAGGCCACACUGCAUUUCCGCGGCGGCGUUAGAAUAACUCCGACCUACUCCCUUAUUCAAAGACUCCCACACUCGCGGCGCGUGGGGUGGAUCUCCGGCGAGGCUGCGCCGUCGCGGUCGUUCUACGCGGCGGUGAAGAAUGCAUGCGGAGGCGGAGGGUGGAGGGCGGAGAGACGGACGAGGAGGAUCGAAGCGGUGGCUGGGGGAGGCGAGACGGCGGCGUUUAGUUGCGUGAUGAAAUUCGGAGGGUCGUCGGUGGCGACGGCGGAGAGGAUAAGGGAGAUUGCUCAGCUGGUUGUGAGUUUUCCGGAGGAGAAGCCGGUGGUGGUGCUCUCUGCAAUGGGGAAGACUACUAAUAACCUCUUACUUGCUGGGGAGAAGGCUGUCAAUUGCGGGGUUUCGAAUGCUUCUGACAUUGAAGAGUUGAGCUUUGUUAAACAGCUUCAUCUCAAGACUGUUUCGGAACUCGGACUUGAUCCUUCUGUUGUUAUGGGAUACUUGGAAGGAUUGGAGCAACUUCUGAAGGGAAUAGCAAUGAUGAAAGAGUUGACUCUGCGGACAAGAGACUAUCUCGUUUCAUUUGGAGAGUGCAUGUCCACACGAAUUGUUGCGGCUUAUCUGAACAAGAUUGGUGUUAAGGCACGCCAAUAUGAUGCAUUUGACAUUGGCUUCCUAACAACAGAUGACUUCACCAAUGCUGAAAUCUUGGAGGAAACUUACCCAGCUGUUGCCAAAACAUUAAAUGAUGACUGGAUCAAGGAUCCUGCAAUUCCCAUUGUUACUGGUUUUCUAGGAAAGGCUUCAAAAUCCUGUGCUGUUACUACCCUUGGUAGGGGUGGAAGUGAUUUGACAGCUACAACAAUUGGUAAAGCCCUACGCUUGCGAGAAGUCCAGGUGUGGAAGGAUGUCGAUGGUGUUUUGACGUGCGAUCCUACCAUAUGUUCUAAUGCACAACCUGUUCCUUAUUUAACUUUUGAUGAGGCGGCUGAGCUUGCAUAUUUUGGUGCUCAGGUUCUACAUCCACAAUCUAUGAGACCAGCUAGAGAUGGUGAAAUUCCUGUCAGGGUCAAGAACUCUUACAACCCUAAAGCUCCUGGUACCCUGAUAACUAAAGCAAGAGAUAUGAGCAAGGCUGUUCUAACCAGCAUAGUUCUGAAGCAAAAUGUUACUCUUUUGGAUAUUGUCAGCACACGCAUGCUUGGUCAAGUUGGUUUUCUUGCAAAGGUUUUUUCAACCUUUGAAGAUUUGGGCAUAUCUGUGGAUGUUGUUGCAACAAGUGAAGUUAGCUUAUCUUUGACAUUGGAUCCAUCGAAGUUCUGGAGUAGGGAACUGAUUCAGCAGGAACUUGACAAAAUGGAGGAAGAACUUGAAAAAAUUGCAUUCGUAAAUCUUCUGCAGAAGAGAUCAAUCAUCUCCCUCAUAGGGAAUGUUCAGUAUUCUUCAUUGAUUCUAGAGAAGGCAUUUCAAGUUCUUCGGACGAAUCAAGUUAAUGUCCAAAUGAUCUCACAAGGAGCAUCUAAGGUAAACAUCUCACUGAUAGUAAAUGACAGUGAAGCUGAAAUCUGCGUGAAGGCGCUUCACCAGGCCUUCUUUGAAAGCGGUGACCUGUCUGAAUUAGUAUUUGAAGGUACAUUCAGGAAUGGCGCAGCUUCACCAUUGCCACUAGAAGCUUGAUGAUGUAAACCUCAGCAGUUCCUUUUAGAGCCUGCCCGUUAAGAUUCCCCAAAAGCCUGUGAUUUCUCUGUAUCAAUAAAUAAAAUCUGUUAUUGAGUUUGACACUUUCCAAUGUAUGAGUAGUCACCAUUUGAAUUCCUUAAAAGGUCGUGUGUUCUUUCAAAUGCGUUGGAAAAGCUAUGAGAAAGAUCAAAGAUCAUUGUGCAACAUAGAUAGGUUCAAGUACAAGUGGGGAGUGUUGGGGUAACUCAUUCUUGUAAGCAAGGAUAAAAAUGAAAAACG